GUUCCAGACCCGAGUUCAGCAGAUAUCGUUGACUGCGCCGUAUGCAUGGACCCGUUCUUCAGGGUAGAUACCGCAAACCUGCAAUGUCGACAUUCGUAUUGUCGUGAGUGUCUAGCAGAUGGUCUUAUGGUUGGUUUCCGAGAUCGUAGCGAGCUCACAUGCUGUGGGAAGAGCAUUCCAACUAAAAUCGUACAAGGUUUUGCCGGCAUGGAAGAAGAAAUGCUGGAUAUUUACCUAGCAUACCUGAAAGAACGUCAUACGCCCAACCCGCUCUACUGUCCAUACGAGCACUGUAGCUCUUUUAUCCCACAGCUGUUCAUCAAGGCGGAUCGAGUGAUAUGUCCUUUCUGCAAGCAGCGGCUGUGUGCGCUGUGCAGGCAAAAAGAGCACCGUGGUAUGUGCAAGGGUGACUCGAAAUUGGCCAAGCUGGUCAAAGAGGGAAAUUGGCAAUUCUGCCCACAGUGCGGCCAUCUUGUUGAAAGGACUGUUGGUUGCAAUCAUAUGUCGUGUGUUUGCGGCGCCCAUUUCUGCUACCGCUGUGGCAAG